GUAUUAAUCUUGACUUGUGUAGUUAGCAUGUAUGUCAUGCGGGUCUUUUAGCUAGUUUGUGUUAGUCCGCAGCUGUGUGUUGCAGUGCGGUGCAGCUAGCUGAUCGAUGAUUGAGUCGUCAUUAGAUUAAGCAGAGUUACUGAGCUGCAUACAGGAAAGUGGCCGUCUUAUGCGGAUCAUGGAGACACAACAUGCAUGAGUUAGUGGCUUGUGCGUGUGUGGAUCGUGCGGGCGUGUGCGUGAGACUCGGCCAACAGGUUCUUGCAUGCGGCUGGGAGCGAGUCCUCAGGUUGGUUAGCUUCAUACGUGUGAGGAGGGAGUGGAGCCCGGGUAUGCGUGCGUGGCGUGAGUCCCGGGCAGUUUGUUGCUCCGUGUGCAUGUCAGUGAAGCUAUAUAAGCUGUGUACUUGCUUGGCUAAUUGGGAAGUGAAUACAGACAAUAAGAAAAGGGCGUUCGUUGCCGGUAAGUCUGUGUGUGUUAGCUUCUCCACAGUACUGCUUGCUAGCAACUCUUGUGUUUGCGUGUGUCCUCCGAGCAGCGUGAGUUUCUGUCUGCUGCGUCCAGUGCCGCGUGAGAUCGCGUAAGUCGAAGGAGGCAGCUCCAACAUUUGGUAUCAGAGCCGUGUAUGCCCAAGAUCCUGCGCUACUACCUCGACUCCAUGGCGAUGGUUCCGCACAGUGCCGGGGGAAGUAGCGGUGUCUCGCUCGCGUACCCGCUGCUCUCCUCGACGAACUACACCGCGUGGGCGAUCAAGGUGGAGGCCAUUCUUGAUGCUCAGGGCCUUUGGGAGGUCGUGAAUCCAGCAAAAGGCGAGGUGGCGGACGCACGGAAGGACAAGACGGCGAGGGCACAACUUCUCCAAGCGCUACCGGAGGACAUCCUCAUGCAGGUCUCACAAAAGAAGACGGCGAAAGAGCUUUGGGACAGCCUCAAGACAAGGUUCGUCGGAGCCGACCGCGUCAAGGCCGCUCGUCUUUCAACCUUGAAAGGCGAGUUCGACUUGCUGCGCAUGAAGGAGGGGGAGCCGUUGGACGACUACGCCGGCAAAAUCAGUGGCAUGGCGGCGAGGUACGCCAACCUCGGCGCAACACUCGACGACUCCGCCAUGGUCAAGAAGCUCCUCGACACCGUCCCAGAUCGGCUCUACCCUGUCGUUGCGGGGAUCGAGCAGUUUUGUGACGUGGAGAAGAUGCCGUUUGAGGAGGCACUUGGGAGGCUGAAGGCCUUCGACUAGCGUUCUCGACGGCGCACUCAAGCCAGCGAGACUAGUGAUGGCCAGCUCCUGCUCACGGCGGCCGAGUGGCAGUCUCGGCAAAAGGACAAGU